GGGAGUAAUCAGUGCCAUGAAUCCUGACCCAAUCACAGAUAUAAUAAAAAAUGACACAGUAAUUACUGAAAUUGGGCAGCACUUGUUGAACAAAGGAGGGCUAUCAGCCAAAAAUAAACAGAAUGUGCGGGAGAAGAUGCGAGAAUUGGGAAGGUUGAUUCACAAGGCGAGGAGAGUCACCUCUUUAAAAACGAUGGAAGAUUGUGUAAAUCCAAAGAAGUACAUGGAGACUGUCAAAGCUGUGAAGUAUACGUGUGGGUAUGACAGUGAAACGGACAAGUUCAUGAUUCCAUCGCUUGCAAACAAGCUUGGGAAUUCCCUGGUUAAAGUGAGCAAACUCUUAAAAGCUCAGGGAUUAAUCUCAAAUGACAAACAGCUUGUUAAGAACGCCAGUGAGUUUCUAGAAGUCCAUGAGAACAAGUGGAACGAGAUGAUCUCAGCUACAGCAUUGAGGAACAUCAGUGAAGCAAAGUGGAAUGUGCCCACUAUCAUGCCCUUUACUGAAGACGUCCAGAAAAUGCAUACAUAUCUCAGUGAAGUGCAAGACAAGUGGUUCAAAACACUCUCUGAAAGUCCCUCUACUAAAGCCUGGAUGGAGCUGGCAAAGGUGUGUCUAGCCCAGAUGAUUCUCUUUAACCGCCGCAGGGAAGGAGAGGUUUCGAGCAUGCCUUUGUCUGCAUUUCUAUCAAGAGACACUUCUGAUCCACAUGAGGAUGUGGACUGGGCACUCUCUGAAGUGGAAAAAAACUCUGCAGACACUUCACAAGGGUUAUCACAAGGGGAAAGCGUGGUCGACCAGUUCCAAUUCUUCUGACUCCAAAAAUGCUAUGUGCCUUAGAACUCCUUGUUAAGCAGAGAGAGGCUUGUGGGGUUCUGAAAAACAAUCCCUAUAUGUUUGCAAGACCAGAAGCCAUGACACAUUUUCGAGGGUCAGACUGCCUCCGUGGCUUUGCUAAGGUGUGUGGCGCAAAGUGUCCCAAGUCACUGACAUCUACAAGACUGCGAAAGCAUGCCGCAACGCUUUCAACUGUGCUGAAUAUGACUGACACAGAGAUGGACCAGCUGGCAAACUUUCUUGGACACGACAUAAGAAUCCAUCGUGAGUUCUAUCGACUCCCUGAGAAGACCCUGCAACUUGCCAAGAUCAGCAAAGUUCUAAUGGCUCUUGAGCAAGGAAGAUUAGCUGAGUUCCAUGGCAAGAACUUGGAUGAAAUUGGGAUAGAUCCUGAUGAAAAAGUUAUUGACUGUGAUGAGGAAGACGGGAGCAUACAAGAGAGACACUGUUCAUCUACUGUUGACGAACCAUCUUCAGAGGUGGCACUUCCUCCUACCGAGAGGAAUGACAUGCCGCCACCACCCAAGAGACCACGCAGACCACCAUCAGAUGAAGAGAUGCCUUCAGGAGCCAGUGCUGUGAGGCCUUCUUCCAAAGGUAAAAGUACCCAGAAGACACCCUGGCAGCAGACAGAGGUGCAGGCGGUUGAAAGGCACAUGCAGCGAUUCAUCACAUCGCUCACUGUACCAGCAAAGAGCGACUGUGAGAAAUGUUUGAAAGCUGAACCAGGAGCGCUGAAGAACCGCGAUUGGAAGACUGUAAAAUUUUACAUUUAUAAUCGUAUUACAGCUUACAAAAAGAAAUUGCAGUGCAAAUAAUAAUAAUGUUAAGAUCCAACUCUGUCAUGGCAGGUUUUGUUCAAGAUGUUAAAAGGUUAAAGAUGUUUUUGGGUUUACUAACCCUUUAAAACUACAGAAACACGUGUAGGCUAUAGAAUAACUUUAUUUGAAAUGUUUUAUGAUGACCACCAGUCGGAAAGCAUUGGUCGAACAAAGUUAUUUUAUGGUUGUAGUUUGUUUAAAUCCACAUGUAUGUGAAAGCAUGUGUGAAAGUUAUAUAUAUGUUUUUUUUUAUACUUUUAAUAUCAGGACUUUGUUUUGAGGUAUGACUCCAUUUGAGUUAUUUUGUUAAGUUGAACUCAAUAAAAGUUGAAUUCAGCAAUUGUAAUGUAAAUUAAUGUAUUGAAGCUCAAUUAGUAGUAGAUUUUUUUAAAUACGUAUCAGGUGAAUGAGUAGCAGCUGAUGCUGGGAGGUUGACUGAAAAAUUACAAUUAUAGAAAGAAUAGUUUGAAGUGGAAAGGUUUGAAUGUUUGACUUGUGGUUAUGAAAUGGGUUGGAAAAUAUCCAGAAAAUAAUUCACUACUUGCAUGCAGUCCUCCAUUCACAUACAAUCCACUUCUAUCACACUACUAUUCCAAUCAAACGUAGGAACAAUCCAUCGAUCCAAACAAAUAUUCUGCAUGUUGAGGAGAUGAUUACAAGCACAACACUAGGGCCUGGUUUCACAGACAGGAUUUAGA